AUGUCUUCUCUGGGUCCCUCGCUUACUGAGGACGAACUGACGUCUCUCCUGGCUCGCAUAUCUCAAAAGCAGUCUGUGCAGUCACUCAUUAUUCUUGAUCGGUCUUCAGGCUCCAUCAUCCGCUCUUCCGGUUCGAUUGCCGCCAACAGGAAUUCGGAAUCUCUCGUCGGAGAGUAUGCGGGGAUGGUUUGGAAGUUUGUUAAGAGCGCCGAGGAAAUGGUCGGUGGUAUGGAUGAUGAGGACGACUUGAAACUUUUGAGAGUCAGAACGAAGAGGCACGAGUUAGUUAUCAUCCACGCUUUAUCUUAA